CACAAACAACGCUAUCAAGCACGCAUUAAGUUGUUUAUUUCGUUUAUAAUUUGUAAUUAAAAAAAGCGCUAUGGAGGGUUUUGAUGAUGCCGGUGUGUUUUUCUCUGAUAACUUUGGUAAUGACCAGCAGCCGGAUGGAGCGCAAAUUAAUUUGCAAGCCGUGAAGAAAAAGUACAAAGAGUUUAUUCGCACAUUCAAUGAAGACAACUUUUUCUAUAAGUAUAGAGAUACGCUGAAGCGAAACUAUCUUAAUGGACGCUACUUUUUGGAGAUUGAAAUGGAAGACUUGGUGGGCUUUGAUGAAACGCUUGCCGAUAAGCUAAAUAAGCAGCCGACUGAGCAUCUGCAAAUCUUGGAGGAGGCUGCUAGAGAGGUAGCUGAUGAGAUAACAGCACCGCGUCCUGAGCAUGAGGAGCACAUGCACGAUAUACAAAUACUGCUGAGUUCCAGUUCAAAUGCUACAAACAUACGUGAAUUGAAGUCGGAUAGUGUAUCGCGUUUGGUUAAAAUUGGCGGCAUAAUUGUGUCAGCAUCGGGUAUACAAGCGAAGGCGACGCGCAUGUCGAUCAUGUGCCGCUCGUGUAGUACUAUUAUACCCAAUCUUAAAGUCAAUCCCGGCUUGGAAGGAUAUGCACUACCACGCAAAUGUAAUGCUGAACAAGCUGGCAGACCAAAGUGCCCGCUGGAUCCGUUUUUCAUAAUGCCAGAUAAAUGUAAAUGCGUUGAUUUCCAAACGCUCAAGUUGCAAGAGCUGCCAGACUUUGUACCACAAGGCGAGAUUCCAAGACAUUUACAAUUGUUUUGCGAUCGCUCGCUUUGCGAACGUGUUGUACCAGGUAACCGUGUACUUAUCCAGGGUAUCUAUUCCAUUCGCAAAGUCGGCCGACCUACCCGUCAAGAUGGCCGUGAAAAGGCCGUACAAGGCGUGCGGGCGCCAUACAUGCGAGUUGUUGGUAUAACUGUCGAUGCAGAGGGUGCCGGAGCUAUUUCGCGCUACAGUAAUAUUACUACAGACGAGGAGGAAAACUUCCGUCGCAUGGCAGCAUCUGGGGACGUUUACGACCGCCUUUCAAAAUCUCUGGCACCUAGCAUUUUUGGCUCUACCGAUAUUAAAAAAGCCAUCACAUGUAUGCUGUUUGGUGGGUCCCGCAAAAGGCUACCCGAUGGUCUUUGCCGUCGUGGUGACAUUAAUGUUUUGAUGUUGGGCGAUCCAGGUACCGCUAAGUCGCAGCUGCUCAAAUUUGUUGAAAAGGUGGCUCCUAUUGGUGUGUACACUUCUGGCAAAGGUUCCAGCGCUGCUGGUCUUACAGCUUCUGUAAUGAAAGAUCCACACACACGCAAUUUUGUUAUGGAAGGAGGCGCUAUGGUUUUAGCUGACGGCGGUGUUGUUUGCAUUGAUGAAUUUGAUAAGAUGCGCGAGGAUGACCGCGUUGCCAUACACGAAGCAAUGGAACAGCAAACCAUAUCAAUUGCCAAAGCUGGCAUAACAACAACGUUGAACUCUCGCUGCUCAGUGCUAGCAGCGGCCAACUCUAUAUUUGGUAGAUGGGAUGAUACGAAGGGCGAAGAGAAUAUUGACUUUAUGCCAACUAUUCUGUCAAGAUUCGACAUGAUCUUCAUUGUAAAAGAUGUACACGAUGAGGUGCGCGAUAUUACUAUAGCAAAGCAUAUUAUCAAUGUGCAUUUAAGCUCGAACAAGUCGGCACCAUCUGAGCCAGCCGAAGGUGAAAUAUCCUUGUCUACCUUUAAGAAGUAUAUUCACUAUUGUCGCACCCAUUGUGGUCCGCGUCUCAGUGAGGCUGCAGGAGAAAAACUAAAAAGUCGUUACGUUUUAAUGCGCACUGGGGCCGGACAGCAUGAGAAGUCUGCGGACAAACGUAACACUAUUCCGAUUACAGUACGUCAGCUGGAAGCUGUUAUACGCAUUUCAGAGUCGUUGGCAAAAAUGCGUCUGCUGCCCUUUGCUGUAGAUGAGCACGUAAACGAAGCUCUGCGACUGUUCCAAGUGUCUACUUUAGAUGCAGCCAUGACUGGAAGCCUAGCUGGUGCCGAAGGUUUCACCACUGAGGAAGAUCAAGAAACCCUAAAUCGUAUUGAAAAACAGUUGAAGCGACGCUUUGCUAUUGGCUCUCAAGUAUCAGAACAAAAUAUAUUGCAGGACUUUUUGCGUCAGAAAUAUGACGAGCGCACGGUAAUGAAGGUAAUUCACACCAUGAUUCGUCGCGGAGAACUUCAACACAGAAUGCAGCGUAAAAUGUUGUAUCGCAUUUGUUAGGAAUCUGUUUUAUUACAUAUUUAUUGUCAUUUCUCAUAUACAUACAUUGU